CAACAGGUUCAUUGGGUACUGCAUACUCUGCAUGGUGGCGUAGUUUGACCGGGGACUUCAACCUUUUCGUGAGUGAAAUGAUGAGUUGGAAAAUCCAUCUUAUUUUUGAAAGUCAGAAACAGAUUUAGCUGAUCAGAAUAAAGCUUGCCUGUUUCCAUUGCAGAAAGUUGUGGUGCUUCCAUGAUCUCUUUCAUUCGCUGUUCGGCAUCAUACAUUGUAUUUACAACAGGUGGUUGAUGGUAGGAUUUGGCUUGUAUAUACGUGUAGAUACUUUAGCAUAAUACAUGAUUCAUCAGAUUCUCCAUGGGUUUAAAACAUAUUACUACACGUUUCGAAAACGAACCCAGAUUUGUUCUGCUACAUAUUUACAGAUAUUUCUUACGUCAGUAUCUCCCAAUUAAAUUUCUAGGUGCAGUAACAGCAGCACGUUAUAUUCUUCAUCCAGUUUCACUCGCCAGAAAAGUCAUGGAUGAAUCGGACCAUUGCACUUUGUGUGCAGAUGGAGCAUUGGAAUUUGCAGUGAAACAAAACGUUCCCAUUGAAUUUGUGGAGGGCAGAGACUAUCCCCCAUGGGACGGCCCCAAUCGUUUCAAUGACAACCCAGGUGACACAGUAACAGCUAUUGCCAUGGAUUGCAAGGGCAAUUUGGCGUGCGCGGCAUCGUCAGGUAACACUAAUAGACGGAUUUAGGACGCGGACGUCAAAGACGACGCGAAAAUGGCGCCAAAAUGGCGUGGCAUAUCCAUACAUAGGCAAGACACGCCAUUUUCACGUCGUCUUUGACGUCCGCGUGACCGCGUCCUUUAUCUAAAUCUGUCUAAUAAAGCCCAGAAUACGCGAAUAAGAGUUGACGAGAGUUGGCAGUAACGAAUUUUUGUAGGGUCAUUUCAAGCUAGAGCUUUAGAUUAAGAAAAUCAAGAUUAGGUGCAUGUGUGCAUGUUCCAACUAUGUUUUAACUUGACAGUAUUAGGACAGCUAACCAAAAUCAUGUGUCUCAUGUCAACUCUCGUGCACCCUCGCUUGAUUCGGGAUUAUAAUAUUAUUAUCUCAUUAUGAAAUGCUUGCUUCUGCUAUGUCUAUAGUAGAUACACGCCUUGUAGAGAGAACAUAUGGCCAAAACACUAAGAACACUGAAAGUAAAUCACGAGAACGUUAAUGCUAUAUUUGGAUUUUUUAAGGUGGUAUACCAGGUAAAUCUAAAGGUCGUGUCGGUGAUGUACCGCAGAUUGGCUGCGGAGGUUACGCAAAUAAAUGCGGAGCAGCAGCAGCAUGUGGGCACGGAGAGUCGAUAAUAAAAAUGACCGUGGCAAAAGAAGUGGUUUCUAACAUGGAAAAACUGAAUCAAUCUGCUCAGGUUAGGUUAAAAAAUUUCCUACUUAAUUUAUUUUCAAAUCAGUCGGUUCAAUUUAGCUUGCAGUUUUAGAUAACUGCAUGCCUGUACAAACACUUAAACAGGAGUCACCCUAAGAAGAAAUUUAGAACUGCCCAUUUCUAGAAGGAGAGAAUAUCAUGAGGCUGAAAGCAUUUGGCCUCAUGAUAUUCUCUCCUUGUAGAAAUUGGAAAAUUAUGGAAAAUUAUGAAUUACACAAAUCCAGAAUGGUCAUUUCAUGCAUUUUCGGAAUCAAAUUUUGGGUUUGUUUGACCAUGCAUAAACCUCUGUACGAAUAAUAAUUAUAUCAAUAUCAUUCUCAUAUAAAACUCCAAGAGUCGCGUUUAGGAAUGCCAUUUUAUGUUUAUUCUAUUAAGUUUUCCAUUUUACAUUUAGAACUCACUGUCCAUUUUCGAAAAUAGGAGGCCUUUAGGAUGAUCGCUGCACUUAGAAUAAUAAUAGUGCAACUAUCAGUAACGAUUGUUUUAGAAACCCAACCUAUAACUAUUCUGAAUCAGAUUCUUUAUAGUCGCGCAUUGGUUCGACUGUAUAUAGACUUGAACAUAAGUUUAACGUAUUUCCUAUCACCUAGUUCCAUUCGCAUAGAAAUGGUGUAAACACUGCUUUCGACCACUAAAUUAAUUAAAGCACAUUGUAAAAUAUCAAUUUGGUUAGAAAACAGCCUUGUUAAUAAUUUCUUUUAAAUUAAUUAAUGUCUCGAUUUUAUUAGUGUUGUAUAAUCUGAAAUAGAAUAAUAACAACCCUUUCCUAUUUAUGAUAUUUUAUAUUAGAAAUACAUGCAUGCAGCAACCCCUCGCCUUUCUUAACAAAUGAAGUAUAUUAAUGAUGAGAUAAAUAAUCUAAUUGUCGCGGAUCUUAUUCGCGGAUCGCGGGUCAGUUUUUCGAGAAUCUAGAACGCAUGUAUUUUUGGCUUUUAAUAGGCUUCAAUUCAAUGUAAAAUAAAAAGAUACUGAAAACGCUUCGAAACUUUGGCGUGAAGCUAUGUACUGUAGUUGGGUUAACUGAAAAAUAGUUUUGCCGACAAAUAGUUUGCUCGAAAUAAAGCAAAAUAAUUUGCUUUACAGGCGCAAGCUUUUACUUGAGUUAGACAUUGGUCAAGCCACAUUUGCUGUAAAUAGGUAAAAGACCAUUACAAGCACACAUAAAAACAGACUGCGUUGCGUAAAAACAUACUAGGGAGUUUACGAUCUACGACGCGUCCGGCUCGACGACGCGCUUUCAAACAAAGAAACUUGGUGUUUCCACAAACAAUAGUAUUAUAUGUUUUAUCGCCAUGCAAACCUACAAAGAACUUACAAAAAAAAUUGUCAUGCAAGACAAAAACUGUCAAUAAUUCGUGGUCCAAGGAGUAUUGUCAACCGCGUUGUCAUUCUCAACACAACGUUAAACAAGCAUUAUUAUGUCUUUCAGUCAACGUGAAAGCUUAAUGCGACCCAAGAGUUGUUACUUAAAGUCGAAAUUACAGCAAACAUUGCAUCCCUUUAGCCGAACGUAGCAGUUUGUAAGGUUAUUUGAAAAAGCAUCAAAUAAUUAUUACAGUAGUCAAAUUGCCUUCAGCUCGUUCUUGAGCUGAAAUUUAGACCGCAUCGUUGAGCCGGCCGCGUCGCAGAUCGUAAACUCCCUAAUAUUGAGUUAAGAACAAUUUAAAAAUGUCAAGGAUAGAAUUAUUAAUAAAAUAGCUUAAAAUCGACAACACAAAGCUGGUACGGCAUGGAAUUUUACAACUGAUACGUUUACACUUACCCACGUAAAUUUAAUACUGCAAAGCUAGCUAGCUUUCGAUCCGUGAGAGCGAAUCUUCGUUUUAUAAUAACAAUAAUAUACAACACGAAUAAGCCCGUAUCUUCAUCACUCAUGAUGAUCGAAGACCCGGGUUUACGGAUCGAAAACUUUGCAGUAAUCAGUAAAUUUACGUGGUGUUUCCACAAAUAAAAGUAUUAUAUGUUUUAUCAUCAUGCAAGCGUGCAAAGAACUUAUAUCUCUUAAAUAUAUCUUCUUUCUAAAUCUAUUGUUUUUCAUAAUUUAUUUCUUGUUUUUAUUUAUAUUAUUCAAGGAUAUAUAAAAAAGGCUAAUUUGAUUAAUUUAAUUUUAGAACAACAUUAAUUUAAUUUUAGAACAACAGACAUUUAAAAUGUCCGAAACGUAUAGCAAAAUUAAUGAAAAUUAACCUUUUGUAUAUAUCCUUGGAAAAUAAAACAAGAAUUCAAAUAAAUUAAGCAAAAUAUAUCUUUGCAAAAUGAAAAAAAAAAUAUUGCGAGAGCUUGUACUCGCGUAUGCGCAUAAGUUUCAAAACCGCUCAUGCAUGACAUAAUGGAGGAAAACUCUGCACUUCGCUAUGUUCUCACAUUCCCGGGUGUAAAUACCCGAGCGGAAUUAUUACCCUCGCUCCGGGCUCACAUCCAGAACGGCCUUUUGUGCCGUUGGCUCUGGCAUAAAAUUAUGUAGGAUAAUAGUGACUCUAUCAGUGAUCUCACUGUUGCAUCAACUUCUGAAUAAGUCAGUCAAUAUUGCAAACAUAUCCUAAUUAAUAGUAAACGGGGCAUUUAAAGCUUCUUGGAAAUAGGACCUCCUUCAUCCUUGCGUCAAGUGAAGAAGCAUAAGUCGCUAGUUAUACCCGCGUAUAAAGCAUUCAAAUUGAAACAUGGUAGCCAGCUAGGUCACUCUGCCAUUUUAGCAAGCGCGACGAAAUCGAAUCGGUUUUGGUAUAGUGCAUUAAAAAUUACAUUUCAUAAUUAUCCAAUAUUCCAGCAAAUACCAGAAAUUGCACCAUUCAAAAACGCACGAAAUCUCAUAGUGCUGGCAUUAUAUAGUCUGCAGUGAGCCGAAUUUGAAAAUCUACACGCUUCAUAAUAACCGCGAAGCCUCUGGACUAAGGCACAUCUAUUACUCUUUCUCUAAACUAGGAAGCUGCGGAUACUGCUUUACAGGAAGUGAAUUUGAGAUUGAUGAAUGAGCCGUAUGUUGCCGUAACUGCAAUUAGUAGAGAAGGAAGCUUUGGAAUGGCAGCCAUCAAUGCCAGUGCGAUGCCUUGGGCAAGUAUCAGUGAUCGUGAUCACGAUCACGUUAUCGUCCUAAGAUCGGGCACGCAACCAGGUGUAAUUCACGAAGAGGUCGAGAUUGAAUGAAUCACAAUGUAUAUAUAUGUUACGGUAUAGUGUAGUAUCAAUGUGGCAUUUGUAACGAUAAUUAUAUUAAUGUUUAUAUAGUUAAUAAGAAUUAUCCGUACUGAUUAGUAUCGCUACAGUUUAACUCACUACUAUGCACUUAAGGCAAUGUUAGAAGAUGCACCAAACUCGUAAAAAAGCGUGUUGUUCAUAAAAUGUAAAAAUAGUCUAGUCAAUAUAGGGGAUAACCUUUAAAAAAUUGCAAGAAAUUCUUUUACAACGUUUUUAUGUAGUAUCAGACAUUUGGAAACGUCGUUGUGUCGUCAUACAAAGAUGGCCUCCAAUGACCAAAAUGUGCCAAAUAUAAACUUAGAGAAGCUGUAAAAUAUAAAUUGUAAUUGUAAUCGUUCAUUAACAUAUACAAAUAGUCCAUUUGACCUUACUAUCAUAAUAUUAAGAAUGCUCUAAGCCCCAGAGAUGAAUAUUUCACGUUAGUUGAUGACGUCAUCAGUGACAAAAUGAUCUAAAAUAAUCUUUACCUCCGCCAGGAGGUUAUGUAAUCAUCUGGGUUUGUAUAUGUGUAUGUGUGUGUGUGUAUGUGUGUUUAAAAAACUCAUUAAUAAUUCAUGAAGAAAACACAAAGAAAAAUCAUAAGCGUGUCGUAUCUGUAUAUGUGAUACAGAUUCAUGUUGAUUUACAUAAACUUCAACUUUGAUUUUCUCGGCUUAGACAACGUUUAUUUUUAAAAUUACUUCGCCAAUGAACUCAUAAGAUGAGUCGUUUUUUAAGUCAUUUACAACAUUCGCGUCCGUGUUGUAUCGGAUAUACAAACUCUCGCCUUCGGCUCGAGUUUGUAUAUCCGAUACAACACGGCCGCUCAUGUUGUAAAUAGUACGUGUAUGUGUGUAUAUGUGUGUGUAUGUGUGUUUGUCUGUAAGCACGAUAACUCAAGAAAUACCAAACAUAUUCAUACGAACAUAUUUUGUUCAUUUCCAUUGGCUAAGGAAGAACUGAUUAAAAUUUGGUUGAAUUUGGUUAAAAAUUGAACGAGAAAUGAACAAAAUUUUGUCUUGCUUUUCCCGGUCAAUUAAAAAAACAACUCACUGAAUGCGUAAUUAGGACGUGUAUAAUGUAUGCACGCUGUACUAAGACAAUAAGACAAUAAUGAGAUGAUAAACCUCAUUAAGCUUCAGCCUUCAUUAUCUAUUGUCUUAGUUGCAUUUCACACGAUCGAAAUUCAAUGGUGGCGGAGGUAUGCAGUUUCUGAGUGCCCUCUAGUUGAAUAUGUUAUGAAAGUAAUCUUUGAAUAUGUUUUGAAAAAUUAUUGAAUAUGGCCUAGAGAGUUUCACAUGCAUCUUUAAAGGUUUAUAUGGUAAAUUUUAGCAUUCAGAUUUCACUGUUCUUCAUCGUCAGAAACUGCUUCCUCGCACAUAUUAUCACAUUAUCCAUCUUGACAUGAUCCGCAUGCCCGUGAACAAUUUAAUCCGUGUUUUCUGCAAGUACAGCGAUUAAGUGUGCUACAUGAACCAGAACAGUUGCAGUGAAUCAUUUUCAGAUGUCCUUCUGGUGCAAGUGCAGUGUCCAUCAUUACUGGAACUAGGAUCAACCUGUUGUUGUCCCAUCCCCACUCUCUUGGAUCUAGAGUCUCAUCCAUGCCCAUCCAUUGCAUUACUUGGAGAUAGCACCAGGGCCUUUUUUAAGGAUUUUCCCGUGGGGGGGGGGCAUUUUUUGAAAAGGGACCUUUCUGUGAGAUAAUAUAUUACAGGGAGAUAGCAAUGGCUGAAGGCCACGUGUGUAACCAACAUACCAUGCACGCAUGGAUGGGGGUGGGUCUGGGGGUGUACACCCCCAGAAAAUGUUUGAAAUUUGAAGCACGGAAAUGCCAUUUCCUGCAUUCUGAGCAACCAAAUUUGCUCCAAAAUGUAUGCUAACUAUACUUGUAUUUGAAAUAAAAGAAGGAAAAAACCAACAAAAAGUAAAAAAAAAUAUUAACCAUAAUUUAUCAUUACUUAUCAGAAGAGGAUAGCAAUGGUUACGUGAGUGGGCGUGUACUCCCCCAGAAAAUUUGUGAAAUUUGAAACACGGGAAUAUCAUUUCCUGCAUUCUGAGCAUCCAAAUUUGCUCUAAAAUUUAUGCUAACUAUACUUGUAUUUGAAAUAAAAGAAGGAAAAAAUGCACAAAAAGUAAAAAAGAAUAUUAACCGUAAUUUAUCAUUAUACUUAUUAGAGGGGGAUACCAAUGGCCGAAGGCCACGUGUGUGAGGGCAUAAUUUCCGGAAAAUUUUUCAAAUUUGAAACCUGGAAAUGCUCCUUCCUGCAUUCUGAGCAUCGAAAAAAUAAAAACAUUUUAACAAUAAUUUAUCAUUACUUAGUGAUAGAAAACCGUAACAAUUUAAAUCGAUUUUGUUAAACAAGAACAAAGGAUAAAGCCUAAAACUUACUUUCCGUUUAUUUAUUUGUUAUUCUUCGCUGUUUUGUUGGUAUAAAUUUAGGAAAAAGGGAUGAUUUGAUUUCGUGGGCGGGGGGGGGGCACAAGGGGGGACUGGGGGAUGGGCAUUUGCCCCCAGCUUGUAUGUUAAAAAAAGCCCUGGAUAGCACCUCAGAGCAUGAUGUUUCGUCGCAGAUGUUGUUGGUGGGAAUCGUUCAGGUACGACGAAGUUUUUGGCUGCACUUACGUUUUUGCAAAUGGUGGAGUAUCUGAUUACAAACAGACUUCCUCCGGGUUUUCCAUUGAACGAUGCAACCAUCGCUUUAGAACCAGACUCUACAAUAACAUCCGUGUCUUGGUUUGGUGAAGAAAAGACUUUAUCGCAGCUGUUUAGGGUCGCUUCAUUUUUAAUAAACUUUUGUAAGACAGACUUUUUUCCAAUUCCAAAAAUCCGUGACGUGGUAUCACACCCCGUGAAAGCAUGAAGAAACAACAGAUUAAAACAGAUUUCAUUCCCAAGCACCUGCUUUAUGACCUUUAUGUCUAACACUGUCGUAGAACCCCCUUUGUCCGAGCGGAAGUAGAUCUUUUUACCAUUGCUCGAUGCAUGAUGAAGCAACAACACUAGCAGAUCCGUAUCUUCGCAUAUGAGACAUGUUUUGUAGGACGACGUCGCUACUGCAGCUUUAACAAUUUCUACAUCUGCAUCUCCUUCAGCUUGUAUGGCAUGGCAACCUCUGUCCCUCAUACUGGUGGAUACAAGAUGGAUUAGGGCCUGUUUGUUUUCAUUAUUGGAAAGGAAAUCUUUCUUCCCUGCAAAUUUCGUCGCUUCGGAAAUAUCGACUUUGUUAGCAAUGCGACUUUGGCUACGCCGCUGGUGAGUAUGGUCCUUAAUGUUUGGUCCGCCACCGUAACCAUCGAAGAUGACAGUAGCCUUUCCAUAAUGCUUCACUGUGAAAUCUGUA